AUGAAGGAGCUCAAGUGUUUGAACUGCAAUCAGCCUUUUGACCGUCAACAAGGACAUCGCUGCUUAAAUAGCCGUUGGAUGCUAGUAACUGAGGAUAGAAACAAAAUAUCGGAGGAUAUUGUUGAUGGACUAAUUGAAAAUGAGUUUAUCUCAUUGGCUCGCAAGCAAUUACCUGACUUAUCAUCCGUCUGUAGUGAAAUAUUCAACAAAAUUUCCGAUCCUAAAGCCGAUUCCAGUCUAUCGAAAGAUGUGACUUCUGAAAAUCAUCAACAAAUCGGUUCAAGUCCUGUUUCAUUUCCAGAAAAAUCUGAGGCUUACGCCACACGCUCCGUGAGUGAUGUCGAUGCAGUUCCUGGUCCUUCCCAUUUGCCCUUCAAUGAAAGCAAAGGAAGUGUGUCUCAAGAAGUAUUUCAACCUAAACCAUACCAUGCAGAGCCUGCUCAUGUGAAACGGUGGACAUGCAACAUUUGCCGAAAAGUAUACAAAAAAGUAUAUCACUUAAAACGCCAUAUGCAAAUCCAUGUGGGAGAGAAAAGACACAGAUGUGACGUUUGUGGUAAAUCGUUUCUGAGAAAGUAUGGAUUAAAGUCGCACAUAGAGAUUCAUACAGGUGAGAAACCAUUCUCUUGUUUUGUUUGCAGGAAGCAAUUCAGAAAAAAAUAUUAUCUAAAAUCGCAUAUCCAAAUCCAUGUGGGAGAGAAAAGACACAGAUGUGACGUUUGUGGUAAAUCGUUUCUGAGAAAGUAUGGAUUAAAGUCGCACAUAGAGAUUCAUACAGGUGAGAAACCAUUCUCUUGUUUUGUUUGCAGGAAGCAAUUCAGAAAAAAAUAUUAUCUAAAAUCUCAUAUGCUUAUCCAUGGAGGAGAAAAACCUCACCAAUGUGACUUUUGUGGCAAAUCAUUCACACACCAGUAUUCUUUGAAGAUGCAUGUUAUGCAUCAUACAGGUGAGAAACCGUUCACUUGCGUUAUUUGCAGGAAAGGAUUUAGACAAAAAUCUGAUUUGAAUAAACAUAUGAAUAUCCACGCUGGAAUCAAAUUUUCGUGUAAAAUCUGCGGAAAAUCAUAUACUCAAAGGAGUUCUUUAAAGAAUCAUGAGGACAAGCACAUAGAAGACAAACAUUAAAAAUGGAAAGAAAGUUUUGUAUAAAAGAAGCCUACAAAUCAUGAGAAGAUUUAUCAAUAUAAGUAAAAGAAGAAUCUAGAAAAUAUCGUUAAUAGACCGAACAUCAAACUAAAAAAGAAAAAAAUAGCACCACUGUGGAAAUUUUUCUGGAGAUAUAUGCUUUACUUAUCCAA